AGAGCCGUCGGUGCAAGAAACUGCAAACCAAAGCUCUCUCUCAAUCCCUCUCUCUCUCUCUUCACAGACUCCCCUCUCUUUCUCUCUCUUCAAGUUUGAAGACUUAGCUGGAGAACAUCGGUUACUAGGCUGAAAAGGAAAACCGUCCAAAUUCCAGGUGAGUUCUUACUACUACUACACCUACAGUCUCUUAACUAAGUUGGGUUUGAUCCAAAUAUGACCAUUGGAAGCAUGUCUCCUACCAUGGAGAAGGACUCUAGGAAGAAAAACCAUAGCGUUGUGAAUGAAAAGACCCCUUUACUUCCUACUAAGGCUUCCAGCAGCGAUCAAUCCGAGUUCGAUGGAAUUUGUGGAGCCUCAUUUGCAGGAGCUGUGUUUAACUUGUCAACCUCAGUUGUUGGAGCUGGAAUCAUGUCCCUGCCAGCAACUAUGAAGGUCUUGGGACUAGGACCAGGAGUUGCUAUGAUUCUCAUGAUGGCUCUCUUGACUGAGGUCUCUAUUGAGAUGUUGAUGAGGUUUAGUCGAGCCGCAAAAGCCUUCUCUUAUAGUGGGGUGAUGGGAGAUGCCUUUGGAAAGACAGGGAGGAUGAUGCUACAAAUUUGCAUCAUCUUGAACAACUUUCAGGGGUUGAUUGUGUACACGAUAAUCGUCGGGGAUGUUCUUUCGGGUAAAACAUCAAGUGGGAUUCAUCACCCUGGAAUUCUAGAAGGGUGGUUUGGACAACAAUGGUGGACCGGACGCUCCUUUGUUAUCAUGGCUACGACAAUCCUUGUCUUUGCUCCAUUGGCAUCAUUCAAGCGCAUAGAUUCUUUGAGGUUCACAUCGGCUAUGUCGGUUGCACUAGCUGUAGUAUUUGUGGUCAUAACAGCGGGCAUCGCCAUUGUGAAAUUGUUGGAAGGAAGUGUAGGGAUGCCAAGGUUGCUGCCAAAUGUGACGGAUCAUGCCUCAAUUUGGAAGCUCUUCACAGUCAUCCCCGUCCUUGUUACUGCCUUUAACUGUCACUUCACAGUUCACUCCAUCGACAACGAGCUCGAGGACUCCUCAGACAUGCAACCGACUGUUCGAACCUCACUCAUUCUAUGCUCUUCUGUCUAUGUGGCCACCAGCUUCUUUGGCUUCCUUCUCUUUGGUGAUAACACUUUGGAUGACAUCUUAGCAAAUUUCGAUUCAAACCUUGGAAUCCCCUUUAGCUCACUCCUUAAUGAUACAGUGAGAGUGAGCUAUGCUCUUCAUCUCAUGCUUGUGUUUCCUGUGGUCUUCCAUGCUAUGAGAAUCAAUGUGGAUGGCCUCCUCUUUCCUUCUUCUAGGCCUUUGGACUUGGAUAAUAAGCGGUUUAUUGGGAUCUCAAUUGCAAUGUUAGGUGCGGCCCAAUUUGCAGCAAAUUUCAUACCUAAUAUAUGGAUAAUGUUCCAAUUCAUGGGGGCUACCACUGCAGUGUCUAAUGGAUUUAUCUUCCCAGCUUCCAUUGCUCUAAGGGAUCCACAUGGCAUUGCAACAAGGAAAGAUCGGAUCCUCGGCAUCUCCAUGAUUGUCCUGGCCGUAUUUUCAAGCAUUGUGGCAAUUUCUAACAAUGCAUAUUCCGUCUUCAACAAGAGUAGCACAUCCCCCAAGUCAUGAGAGAGGUUGCAAAUCUCAUCAUGCCUCCAUAUUAGGAGAAGGAAGAUUGGGAAACCCACAUUUGGUAAAAAUGGGUAGUGGCACCAAAUAUAAUGUCCCAAGUUCCCAUUCCUAAUCAGAAGUACAUAUUUAAGAAGAUGAAAUUUAAAACAUUGAUUAUUAAGGUUCAAAUCCAAGUCAGGAUAUAUAAAUUUAAGAAGAAAUUGUUUCCAAGUUUGGGGCAAACGACAUAAAGUUGGAUGUGUUUUAGUGAUCAUCCGAAUGUAUUUGCAGGCAUGCCUACCAUUGAUUACAAUAAUGGUGGUACUAAUAUUGUGUAUACAAAAAUAAGAUGUAUAAUUUUCAGUUGUUUUUUAUUAUUGUUGUUAUUGUUGUAUAUUUGUGUAGGGAUAAUAUGGUCAAUGCUAAAUUUAUAUUU